AUGGUUAAUAAAUUGUUCGGAAUUGCAGCCGGGCUGCUUGCGUUGAGUGCACUUGCCAAUGCCCAUGGCUCGCAUUCGAGUGACGAGACUCCCUCAAAUGAUUGGGCCACGAGACACAUGAUCGAGGAACACCAUAUUGAAAACUUUGACCCGACCUCAUUCUUCAUCCUCCACGAUUACGAUUCCUCCGGGACAUGGACCCCAGAAGAAGUGCGCAAGACGUACGGUCUCAAUGAUGAAUCCAACGCUGGCGUUACCGAGGAAAAGAAACAAGAAGCUGUCCGCAGAGUGUUUGAGCUUUACGAUAUUGGCAACAAAGGUUUCGUCAACCGGGAGGAUUGGUUGGCGGGAAUUGCUGCGGGCAAGCGGUUGCCAGAUCUUGGCUACGGCCCUGGACACCAUGGCGAUCUUGAAUAUGAGUACGAGAUUCAUCACUUCGAGAAGUACCACGGUGACGACACCACGGAGGCGGACUUGACUCAUCCCGAAGAUAUUGAGCAUUUCCGCAAGCAUGACGAGCUGGAGGAUGCUGAGAUUCGACUGGAGAAGAUGGAGCGGAUCCAGAUUAUCGCGAACAACAUUCCUCAGAAGUUCCGUCGGAAUUUCUAG